UUUCGGCUCGCCGGAAGUAGAUUUGCUACAUUUCUCCUGUUGUUUAGAUUUCCUCCUAGUCAUCGUCGCUUGUGAGUGUGAGCUCGAGCCGCUCCAGUGUUUCUCCUCACCCCUGAACACACACCACAUUCUCCACAAUGCCUUUGGAAAACCUCGAAGAAGAAGGAUUACCCAAAAACCCCGACCUGAGGAUCGCGCAGCUCAAGUUUCUGCUGACUCUCGAUGACCACCGACAGGAUGCCGAAGUGAAGACCGAGCUCAUGGAGGCGAUCCGGGAGAACAACAUGGCUCCUUACUACGAGACCUUAUGUAAAGAACUGAAGUGGACUGUGGACUCGGAUCUGCUGAGCAAAAUGAAGAAGUCCAACGAAGACGAGCUGAAGCGUCUGGACGAGGUUCUGGAAGACGCGGAGAAAAACCUGGGCGAGAGUGAGAUCCGGGACGCCAUGAUGGCCAAGGCGGAGUAUCUGAUUAGGAUCGGAGACAAGGAAGGGGCUCUGACUAACUUUAGGAAAACUUAUGACAAAACUGUAGCUCUGGGUCACCGGUUAGACAUCGUCUUCUACCUGCUGAGGAUCGGCCUCUUUUACAUGGACAGUGACCUCAUCACACGAAACACGGAGAAAGCCAAGAGUUUGAUUGAAGAGGGCGGAGACUGGGACCGGAGGAACCGUCUGAAGGUGUACCAGGGUCUUUACUGCGUCGCCAUCAGGGACUUCAAGCAGGCCGCUGAGCUUUUCCUCGACACAGUGUCCACCUUCACCUCUUAUGAGCUCAUGGACUACAAGACCUUCGUCACGUACACCGUCUACGUGUGCAUGAUCGCGCUGAAGAGGCCGGACCUGAGGGAGAAGGUGAUUAAAGGUGCUGAGAUCCUGGAGGUCCUGCACAGUCUCCCUGAUGUGCGUCAGUACCUGUUCUCCCUGUACGAGUGCCGUUACUCCAUCUUCUUCCAGUCCUUGGCUCGUGUGGAGCAGGAAAUGAAGAGGGACUGGCUCUUUGCUCCUCACUACCGCUACUACGUGCGCGAGAUGAGGAUUUUGGCCUACAGCCAGCUCCUGGAGUCGUACCGCUCCCUUACGCUGGGCUACAUGGCCGAGGCCUUCGGAGUCAGCACAGAGUUCAUCGACCAGGAGCUCUCGCGGUUCAUCGCAGCAGGCCGCUUGCACUGCAAGAUAGACAAAGUGAACGAGAUCGUCGAGACCAACAGGCCUGACAGUAAGAACUGGCAGUAUCAGGAAACCAUAAAGAAAGGCGACCUCCUGCUGAACAGAGUGCAGAAGCUUUCUCGGGUCAUCAACAUGUAGCACGUUCCCUCAGCACCAGAAGUUCGUCUUUACAUGUUUGAUGCUUGUUCUGAUACAAUUCGGCAGUCUCGACUUGACUUUUGUUUUAUGUACAGUAUCUAAUAAAACCUUUUCAGACAAAA